AUGACCCUUAAGCACCCACCUCAGGGUCAUAGCAACCUCCAACACUCACUCACCCAACCCCAGGAGCACAGCAACCAUCGACCUCCAGGGGUCCACCCAAAGGGCACAGCGACCACCGACACCCCGCCCACAGGUCCACCCCAGGGGCACAGCGACCACCGACACCCCGCCCACAGGUCCACCCCAGGGGCACAGCGACCACCGACACCCCGCCCACAGGUCCACCCCAGGGGCACAGCGACCACCGACACCCCGCCCACAGGUCCACCCCAGGGGCACAGCGACCACCGACACCCCGCCCACAGGUCCACCCCAGGGGCACAGCGACCACCGACACCCCGCCCACAGGUCCACCCCAGGGGCACAGCGACCACCGACACCCCGCCCACAGGUCCACCCCAGGGGCACAGCGACCACCGACACCCCGUCCACCCCAGGGGCACAGCGACCACCGACACCCCGCCCACAGGUCCACCCCAGGGGCACAGCGACCACCGACACCCCGCACACAGGUCCACCCCAGGGGCACAGCGACCACCGACACCCCGCACACAGGUCCACCCCAGGGGCACAGCGACCACCGACACCCCGCACACAGGUCCACCCCAGGGGCACAGCGACCACCGACACCCCGCGCACAGGUCCACUCCAGGGGCAAAGUGA